UCCUGAAUACCCAAUCCAUCAAGUAAUUCUUUAAAUAGAAAAGUCUAGACUUCGAGUGGACACUCCCAAUAUACACCAAGAUUAAGAAGAGAUGGGUAAGGGUAAGGAACACCACAACAACAAGAAGUAAGAUCCGGAGAUGUCCUGCAGAUCCGUCCACCCCGCUUUACCCACCGCCUGCCCGUUCUGCCGGCCAGCUUCUUUUCGCCUCCGAUAACCAUCGACAUCAACUAAAUAUCGAGCUACCAACUCCAAUCAAUCAACACAUACACACACACCACAACACCAAACCACAUCUUUCAUCAACAGUACCCAACAGGGUACCCCCACAACCACAAUGAGCACCAACAACAAGCAAUCCUCCUCCGCCUACGGCACGCCCUCCUCAGACACGGCUUUCCGCAAAACCUGGGACCGCGAAGAAUACGCCAAAAAAGCCGCCGACGACGAAGCCAAGCGCAAAGAAGAAUCCAAAGCCCGGUAUGAGGCCAAACUACUAGGCAAGAAAUGGCACGCGCCCGUGGAUUACAGCCAACUUGAAGCCACGACAUCGCGCAAAGAGCGACUCGAUGUCGCUUCGAUGGUUGGCAAGACGACCAUUGUUGCAUCGGGAUCUGCGAUCGGAAAGAGAGGUCGGGGUGCGGGAUUCUACUGUUCGGACUGUGAUUUGACGUUCAAGGAUAACUUGCAGCUGGUGGAGCAUUUGAAUAGCAAGCAGCAUCUGAUUGCGACGGGACAGAGCGGGGAGGUGACGAGGGCUACGGUGGAGGAUGUGCGGGAGCGGUUGAGGAUGUUGGCGUAUCGGAAGCGGGUGCGCGAGGAGGAAGAAAGAAGGGCUUGGCAGUUGGAUCUAGGCGAGAGGCUGAAGGAGCGGGAGGAACAGGAUGCUAAGGAGAGGGAGGAGAAGAGGAGGAAAAGGAAUGAGAAGCGUCGUAAGGGAGGCGAUGGGAUCAAGCAGGAGGAUGAGAGCUGGGAGGGCAGGUUGGGGAUUAUUGCGUAAGCUCGUGUGGUUGAGCUUGGGCAUGUGCAUGGUCUGUUUUGAGAAUCGUGGUCAUAGAUGGGAUGGUUUAUCAGGGCUAAAAGCUGCAGUAUACCCAUGGCGUUUGGAGCUUGAGCAUUUAUUAUUCGCAGACUUCCGUUUAUCCAAACAAGGAGAAUAUCAUUGUC